UAUAUUUUGAAUUGCUGUCGAACAAAAGAAAAUUUUUAACAAACAAUUUUUUAAAUUUAAUUUCUAAAAUCAAAAUAAUUUACAAUUAAACAACAAUCCGUAAAAAAACAAACUCUAAAUGGUAGAUUGUUCUUUGUGUUCCUUAAUGAACUAUAUAUUUCGUACAAUUUACAAUGUCAUAGCCGCGAGCAUGGAAUAUCCCAUAGUGGUGUUUCUAUUUAGUGUUUUACUAGCUGUGGCUAUAAUAUCCAAUGUUCAUAUGGCAAAAUUAAUAUGUGAUUUUAGUAAUGCAACUGUAAGAAGAUGCAUGAGUACAAUACCAGGAUAUUAUGAAAAUAAUAUAUGUUCGCUAAGAAAUGCAAUUGAUUAUGGCGCGGAAAGGGGACCUCAUACUUGGAGUUGUGCAGGUGAAAAUCAAUCGCCUAUAAAUAUCAUAGAUCAUUUAACACAAAAAUUUCCCAUACGUGAACUUUUGACAUGGAAUCAUUAUGACGAUUUGCCCUGUAGUGUAAAAAUGGAGAAUACGGGUCAUACGGUUAUAGUUAGUGCUAGUUAUACGGGUAACACCCCUACUUUAAGUGGUGCUGAUCUAUUGGCCAGUUAUAGCUUUGUUCAAUUAUGUUUCCGUUGGAGCCUUUUGAAUAGUAAGGGUUCUGAGCAUAUGCUUAAUUAUCAGAAAUUUCCUUUAGAACUGCAAGCUAUGCAUCGCACUGGACCCAAUGGGGAUUGUGUCUCAAGUUAUGACUUACUAAUGGUGGCCUAUUUUUAUGAGGUUUCUGCCCAUAAUCCUUAUUUGGAUCCCAUCAUACAAAAUCUACAUCGCAUUCAAAAUCCUGGAACAAAAAUCGAAAUACCACCCUUUCCUCUUUCCUAUUUAUGUCAUCAAUUUCGUUCAGGUUUCUACAGUUAUGGAGGUUCUAUAACUGAACCUCCAUGUUAUCAAGGUGCUGAAUGGUUUGUAUUUCCCGAACCCUUGGCCAUUAGUGAACGUCAACUAAAUGAAUUUCGUCAAAUUUUAAGUUUGAAUGGUAAAACUCGUAUUAUUCGCAAUGCUCGUCCAGUACAAAAUAUAAAUAAUACGCGUGUGAUUAAUUUUAAUGAGUACAAUCCUUUAGAUGUGAAUAAUGGUACAAAAUUGUCUAUGGAUUCAAUAGCUUCAGAAGAAUCUAUAUUGGAUUAAUAAUGUUUUUACAAAUACAUUGCUAAUUUUUUAUAUUUCUAUUGGAAAUUUUUAUAAAAAGGGAUUGUAUUUUUUAUCUAUUUUAAAUUGGAUACUCCUUAAAGACAUUUGAUAAUAAAAUUUUAUAUUUUAUAAACAGCAA